CCUCGCCUCCGGCCGCUCCCUCCGCCUCCUCCCCGCCCCGAGCCCCCGUCCGCCAGUCUUUCCUUCCCCUCCCGUGCAUGAUGGAAACACCAUGGCUGCGGCGGCCCAGCUCUCCCUGACACAGUUAUCAAGUGGAAAUCCUGUAUAUGAAAAAUACUAUAGACAGGUGGAUACUGGCAAUACUGGAAGAGUAUUGGCCUCUGAAGCUGCUGCUUUCCUGAAAAAAUCAGGGCUUCCAGACUUGGUACUUGGAAAGAUUUGGGAUUUAUCUGACACAGAUGGCAAAGGUAUCCUGAACAAACAAGAAUUCUUUGUCGCUUUGCGUCUUGUAGCAUGUGCCCAGAAUGGAUUGGAGGUUUCACUGAAUAGCUUGAACCUGGCUGUUCCUCCACCAAGAUUUCAUGAUACCAGUAGUCCUUUGCUAGUCGGUGGAACCGCUGCAGCUGAUCUCCCAUGGGCUGUAAAGUCUGAAGAUAAGGCCAAAUAUGAUGCUAUUUUUGAUAGUUUGAGCCCAGAGAAUGGAUUUCUGUCUGGGGAUAAAGUGAAACCUGUGUUGCUUAACUCUAAGUUACCUGUGGAUAUCCUUGGACGAGUUUGGGAAUUGAGUGAUAUUGACCACGAUGGAAUGCUUGAUAGAGAUGAGUUUGCAGUUGCCAUGUUUUUGGUAUACUGUGCCCUGGAGAAGGAGCCCGUGCCAAUGUCUUUGCCUCCAGCCGUGGUGCCACCUUCUAAGAGAAAAACGUGGGUUGUAUCCCCUGCAGAAAAAGCUAAAUAUGAUGAAAUCUUCCUGAAAACCGAUAAAGAUAUGGAUGGUUUUGUGUCUGGAUUGGAAGUUCGUGAAAUUUUUCUGAAGACAGGUUUGCCUUCAACCUUACUAGCCCAUAUUUGGGCAUUAUGCGACACAAAGAACUGUGGGAAACUUUCAAAGGAUCAGUUUGCCUUGGCUUUUCAUUUAAUCAAUCAAAAGUUAAUAAAGGGCAUCGAUCCUCCUCAUGUUCUUACACCUGAGAUGAUUCCACCAUCAGACAGGUCCAAUUUACAAAAGAGCGUCAUAGGAUCAAGCCCUGUUGCAGACUUCUCUGCUAUUAAGGAGCUAGAUACCCUUAACAAUGAAAUAGUUGAUCUACAGAGGGAAAAGAAUAAUGUGGAACAGGACCUUAAAGAGAAAGAAGAUACUAUUAAACAGAGGACAAGUGAGGUUCAGGAUCUUCAAGAUGAAGUUGAAAGGGAGAAUACCAAUCUGCAAAAACUACAGGCCCAGAAACAGCAAGUACAGGAACUCCUUGAUGGACUGGAUGAGCAAAAAGCCCAGUUGGAGGAACAACUGAAAGAAGUUAGAAAGAAGUGUGCCGAGGAGGCCCAGCUGAUCUCAUCGCUGAAAGCUGAAAUAACCAAUCAAGAAUCACAGAUCUCUACCUACGAAGAAGAACUGGCCAGAGCUCGGGAAGAGCUGAAUCGCCUACAGCAAGAAACAGCAGAAUUGGAGGAGAGCGUGGAGUCAGGGAAGGCUCAGCUGGGACCUCUUCAGCAGCAACUGCAAGAUUCGCAGCAGGAAAUUAGUUCAAUGCAAAUGAAACUCAUGGAAAUGAAAGACCUAGAAAACCACAAUAAUCAAUUAAACUGGUGCAGUAGUCCACACAAUGUUCUUGUAAAUGGUGCUACAGAUUAUUGCAGCCUCAGCACCAGCAGCAGUGAAGCCGCCAACCUUAAUGAGCAUGCUGAAAACCAGAGCACCCUAGAAUCUGAGCCUAUACAGCAGGAGUCUCCAGCAAGAACUAGUCCUGAAAUGCAGCCUGGUGAUGUGACUGAUGAAAAUGAAGUGGUGACUGCAGCUGCUAAUGAAAAAGUUUGUCCUGAUUUUAACAAUGAAAGACAUUCGAAAGAGGAAGAUCCAUUUAAUGUCGAAUCAAGUUCACUGACAGAUCCAGUUGCAGAUUCAAACUUGGAUUUCUUCCAGUCUGAUCCUUUUGUUGGCAGUGAUCCUUUCAAGGAUGAUCCUUUUGGGAAAAUUGAUCCAUUUGGAGGUGAUCCUUUCAAGGGUUCAGAUCCAUUCGCGUCUGAUUGUUUCUUCAAGCAGUCUUCUGCCGAUCUUUUUGCCACUUCAAGUACUGACCCUUUCAGUGCAGCCAGCAGUAGCAAUACGACUUCGGUAGAAACAUUGAAGUGCAAUGAUCCUUUUGCUCCUGGUGGAACAGUUGUUGUUGCUGCUAGAGAUUCAGCUGCAGACCCCUUUGCUUCUGUUUUUGGAAAUGAAUCAUUUGAAGAUGGAUUUGCUGACUUCAGCACAUUGUCAAAGGCCAACAAUGAAGAUCCUUUUAGUUCAGCUGCAUCGAGCUCUGUCAGCAGUGUGGUCAUUACAAAGAAUGUGCUUGAGGAAGCAUCAGUUAAAAAUGAAGACAUACCCCCAGCACUGCCGCCAAAGAUUGGAACUCCAACAAGACCCUGCCCACCACCACCUGGGAAAAGAUCCAUCAACAAAUUGGAUUCUUCCGAUCCCUUUAAACUGAAUGAUCCAUUUCAGCCUUUCCCAGGCAGUGAUAGCCCCAAAGAAAAAGAUCCUGAUAUGUUUUGCGAUUCAUUUACUUCUACUACUACUACUUCCACUACCAAUAAAGAGGCUGACCCAAGCAAUUUUGCUAACUUCAGUGCUUAUCCCUCUGAAGAAGAUAUGAUUGAAUGGGCCAAGAGGGAAAGUGAGAGAGAGGAGGAACAACGGCUUGCCCGACUGAAUCAGCAAGAGCAAGAAGACUUAGAGCUGGCUAUCGCACUUAGCAAGUCUGAAAUAUCAGAAGCUUAAGAACUCCUCCUGUCCUCUGUCAGCCAGACAAUAUUCUUCCUGAAUACUGAAGCUAUUUACAGUGUGUUUCAAAACUACCUAUCAGCAUGGGAAUACAAAAGGUUUGAGAUUCCUGUAAAUGUGACAAAAGUUUUUUUGUUUUUGUUUUUGUUUUCUGGGGCUGGGGAGGGCUUUUGUUUGUUUUCUACUCCAUUUCAGGUUGUUGUUGUUGUUUUUUUUCCCCUGUAAAAUCAGUAACCUAGUCGGACAGUUUAACCUGGGCCCCUGUUAUGGUGUGCAUUUACUGUGAGCUUUUGCUUGCCUAUGCUACUUUUACUUGUAAAGCUAGAGCACCCUCACUACUGCCUUCUGGAAUAUAGAAAAAUAGUUCCACCCUUGUGCUACCUUUGUUCUAUAGUUACUCUGUUGAUAGCUAAGUGGGGGGUCCUUAAAGUUUGCAGUAUUUUCUCCCACCACUUGAAUAUUUGAGGGAGGGAAGAACAUCCUAUUUCUCUGAUGAUCGUGCAAAUUGGCUAGUUUAAGGUGCAUGUUUAUAAUUUCCUUAUAAUAAAAAUACUGUUAAAUUUACUUAUAGACAAGGAAAAGUAUUUCAUAUAAAUUGACUCCACUAUUGAAAAGGUGGUGUUUAGGUUGAACCAUUACAACUCCAGACUCAACUUUUUCCUAAAUAAAAAUGUUAACAAACACCUCAUGGUGGGAAAUAUAUUUAAAUUCUUUUGUUCUGAAUUUAAAGAUAAACAGAUACCUCUCUAUAAUUUUAAGUGUUAGACUGGAAACAUUUAUCACAUAAAAUACACCCUUCACUAUAAGGUAAGCAAACAUCUUAUCCUGGCAGCCAUCCUGCCUCUGCUAUGACAUCGUCCUCUUCAGUUCAUGGUAGGUUUAUUCUUGUAUUUGUGCAGAAGAAACGUGAGCAAGCUAGAACUGGAAGGUACUUUAAUUUUUUUAUACUAUAUAUGUAUAUAUAUAGUUUGCUUUAAUGAAGGCUUAAUUACUUGAAAUAUAAAAACUUCCACUGAAUACAAAUGGAAAAAAUGAUGUAUUAGAUGUAUCAUACUAUUGCAUCUUGCUCAUCUUCAUAAUUUAAAAUAAUUUAAUUUCUUCAUGUUUUUCACCAGCAAAAUUGGUAAGAUAGCAAGAAAAAUCUUAUUUUUUUAAUUGGUAGAGAAUAGACCUGCCAAAUUGCCAAAUUAUCAAAGCUCUUCUUGUAUUAAAAGCCCAUGUCCUAUAAAACUAACCCAGCAGACAAGCUGAAUUGGAAAUAGACUGUGAAGUAGGCUGUUAAUUGUAAUCUGAAUAUUAUAAUCAUCAGUUACUGACUUAGAUACUGUACUGAAUACCAAGAUAAAGAAAAUUGCACCUAAAGACUGAUUAAAAGCAUCUGUGGUCACCAAGUCAAGGUGGUUUGAUCUGUGUUAAUCAGAGUGACUUAUUGCUUAGCCUAUGAAUAAAUUCCAAAAUAUUUAGUUAACUUCAUCUUGAAAUGGUGCUUUUAUUCUCUCCACACACAAUUGGACAGCUGCUGUUUAAAACAAACUUAAGCCACUUUCUUGCACUGCUAACGUUUUUCUACUUUUAUAAAUGGAAACAUUUCAGCCUAAGAGUCAUACAUACGAAGCAAGCGCUGAAUGCAUAGUUGCAAGGCUUUCCUGUUUAUAAACUAAUCUGGUGACUUAAGGUUAUUCUCAGAUGGUGAUGAAGAAGGUAGUGUUGGUGGGGCCAGAGCAAUAGUACAGCUGGUAGGGCAUUUGCCAUGCACGUAGUAAACCCAGGUUUGAUCCCCAGCAAUCUAUAUGUUCCCCUGAGCACAGAGAUGGAAGUAAGCCCUAAACACCACCAGGGUUAACACAGCUCCCCCCAAAAAGAAGAAAAAGGUAGUGUUGGGAAUUGGGAUUUAGGGAUUUAAGUAGUGGUUUUGGGUUUCUUUCUUUCCCAUACAAGUCAGUAAAUAAAAGGUAAGUUGACUUGAAUAACCUUCUUUUGCACUGGGAAAAUGAACCGAUGUUUGAAAAACUUUUAAAAUAUUUUUUUUAAUUAAAAACACUCUGGAAAAUAUUAAAUAACUGUAACUUAUAAACUCCAACUUUUGAUGUAAUAAGUGUACCCUAAUCUUAUGUAUGUUUAACUGGAUUAAAUAGAUUAUUAUCUUUUGUUAAAAUAUGUAUACUCAGUGGACCAAUAUAAUAUUAAAGAAUGUAUAUAUUAUAUAAGUAUA